AUACCAAAGUGUAUGCAGCAUAUCAGCUCCUGUAUAUGAUUCCACAAGCUCUUCCUGUUAACACAUUAUUCCAUAACAUACAGCAGAUUUAUUGUUGUGUUCAUUUCACGAUACAUACACUAUUUAACAAACCUGACCCAUCACAAUGAUAGCUUGCAAAAGACAAACUAGAAAAUCCUUCUGUCUGAAGAGUUCUGUGUAAAGACGAGUUAAAACAGGAAGUUCUGAAGAUGUUUCCUGUUUUUGCAGAGAUGUAGAGAUAUUACCCACAGGAAGGCCCUGCUAGGAGCUCCACUGAACGCUUUGUUAUUUAUAUUUUGUGAAUAUAACUGGACCACUCUUCUGGAUUUAGCAUUCUCCAGGGGUUUGAUGCCUCCAAUGGUCUGUGGCAAUGGGAGACAAAGGAGAGGUUCUGAUCAGUAUAUUAGACGAGCUGAUUGGUGAAGAAUUGAAAAGAUUUAAAUUUUCUCUUGAAAGCAUUGAAAAGAAGUAUUCAUGUCAACACAUCCCCAGAGGCAAGUUGGAACAUGCACAAGUCACUGAUAUUGUCAGUCUUCUGAUUGACCACUAUAGUGACCACACCAUAAAUGUGGUAAAAGAUGCCCUUAUUCAUAUCAAGAAGAGAGAUCUCGCUGACCAGCUUCAGGAGAAAGCUGAGACAGUACUGGAAGAGCUCCACCCAAAGAACAGAACAACAGUUUGUCAAGAAAGUUACAAAAAAGAAGUCAAGAAAAAAUAUGGAAAAACAAAAGACUACAAUUCCUUGCCCGGGGAAUGGGUGGAUUUCGAUAAGAGAUUCACAAAGCUGCUCAUUCUCAAAAGACAUCCCAAUUUACAGGAAAGAGAAUACGAGCUGCAAUCAAUGGGGCAUCUGAAGUUAAGAGAGACAUAUAAAAACGAUGAAGACAUAUGCCUUCAGGUAGAAGAUGUAUUUGCUUCAGAUGAAAACGGAGAAAUACCAUCAACUAUUGCACUCCAAGGACCUGCAGGAAUUGGAAAAACAUUCACAGUUAACAAAAUUAUGUUUGACUGGGCAUCAAACAACAUCUUCCAGGGCAAGUUUGAUUAUGUUUUUCAUUUUAACUUUAGAGAGCUCAAUACAAUCAGUUAUAAAGUUAGCUUGAUCGAAUUGAUCUCCGACCGCCACAGCAAUUUAAAUCUUGAUGAGAUACUAGCUCGCCCAGAAAAAAUCCUUUUCUUGAUGGAUGGUUUUGAUGAGUGGAAGUUUCCUUUAGAUCAAGAUGACUCUGGCCUGGGUAAAGGUGAAUGUUCAAAGCAGCCAGUUGCAAUCACAGUAAGCCGGCUACUUAAAAGGAAAAUUUUCUCAGAAUCGACCCUGUUAAUCACAACAAGGCCAGCAUCUUUAGGAACCCUUGAAGAAAGUGUGACGCUGCAACGCUGUGCAGAAAUACUGGGGUUUUCAGCAGAUGAAAUACAGGAAUAUGUGUUUAAUUAUUUUCCAGACAAGGAGCAAGCUGCACAAGCCCUGAACUACAUCAAAGAAAAUGAGUCUGUGUUGACCCUGUGUUUUGUUCCAGUUGUCUGUUGGAUUGUUUGUGAAGUAAUAAAAGACAGCAUUGAACGUGGAGAAGAAAUUACAAGGAACUUGAAAACAAUAACCCAGGUGUUUGUUCAAUUUGUAAGAAUCCUACUAAAAUACCAUGGCAACAAAUGUCCGUCAGAUACCAUUCACAAGCUUGGCUCGCUGGCUUUGGCAGGAGUCAGGAAACAUCAAUUUUUAUUUCAGGAAGAAGAACUGGAAAAGCUUUUUUCCAAUCAUAUUCAAGAUGCCUCUGCAUUUCUCGAUAAAAUACUAUUUAAGCAGAACCUCAGCUGUAGGUCUGCUUACCAUUUUCUGCAUUUGAGUAUCCAAGAGCUAUUGGCUGCCAUGUUUUGUGUUUCAGGCAUGUCUGAUGAAGAAAGGAAUAACUUGCUCUGUGAGGCACUGGAUAAUAGUUGUUUUUUUAAUGUAGUUUGUUUCAUGUUCGGACUUGCAAAUAAGAACACACAGGCCUUGAUUCCAGACAGUAUAGUACUACCUAUUUCUGUAUUAAGAACACAGUUGGAAAAUUGGAUGAACAAAGCCAUGACAUCAUCGUCUUAUGAUUCCUAUGUUCUUGAAUUGCUGCAUUGCUUGUUUGAGAUUCAGGAUGAGGAGUUUGUUAGGAAGGUAAUGGAAUACCAGUACACAGAUCAUUUGGCACUCAUUGCAGGCUAUUUAAAUAAACAUGACUGCACUGUAAUAAAAUAUUGCAUCGAGCAAUGUGGCGAAGUGAGAAGUCUUGAUCUUCUGUUGUGCAUCUUGGGGGAAGAGGAAGUCAAAGUCCUUGUGGAGGUUCUUCAGAAAUGCAGAUGUUUUUCCAUGGAAGCCAGUAACCUCACCAAUACCACAGUACAGAACUUCUGUCAGAUGCUCUCUAAACACCCCGACAAGAAUUGCUUGUAUCUGGAUAUAGCCCUGAAAAAAAACCAACUGAACUUGUUCUGUCAGACAUACUGGCAUCGUGAUCUUAUAGCUGAUGUCAAUGUCACUGAGAGCUUUUCAAUCAACGGCGAUCUCCCCGAAGAUUUCGUUUUGAACAUCUGCGCUUUGAUUAUUCCAAAGUAUAACUUUGAAAAAAUAUCACUCCAGAACUCUCAACUUAGCAACAAUUUCCUAAAAGGACUGUGUGGAGUUUUGGAAACAUCAACCAUUGAUCUCCAGUCUCUUGAGUUGAAUGACUCACACCUCACAGACAGCUGUGUUGACUCCCUCUCCUCUGGCCUUGAUGUGUUCAGCAGCUCAUUGGUGCGUCUGGACCUGAGCAAUAACUUUUUCACAGACAGCUCUGUUGCCAGCUUCAUCCAGAUCAUGCUAAAGUAUACCAGCCUGGAGAUUUUCAAGCUUGAAGGGAAUCAGUUCAGUUUAGAAGGGAAGAGAAACCUGGAUGUGAAGGAGGAGAUGCAGAGGUGUGGCUGUCGUCUGUCUGUAGUCGAUGAUGGUCCUGUUGUUUCAGUUAGGAGCAGUAAUGAGGAAGAGCAUCAGGAAUGCAAGCGUUACUUGUCUCUGUAUAUAUGAAGACGAGAAUGCAUCUGUGGCAAAGUGGUGAUUGAUUAUAAGUGCGUGCAGUGCAGAGUGGAUACAAAACAAACAGAAAAUGGCUUUCAGGUGCAAGGGUUUAUUGAUUUAUUUAACAAGGUCCAGAGCCUUAUGGCGAACGCCUGUAAAUAAUAAUGAUGGAGUGAUACAGCGGCGUGUAUCACUCGGUAAUUGUAAUCCCCGGGUUUGACCCGUAACCAAAAAGUCCAGUUCUGCAAGACAAUUCUCCUUGAACAAAGGGAAAGUGUUGGUGUCCAGGUUUGAUGCUGGCUGAAUAGCGACAGCUCUGGAUCUUUAGUAGCAGUCUAAAAUAACAAACAGUUUUUACUUAGACAAACUAAAACACAACACUCCCGUUUUGGCAACACAGGAUUCUCCUUCUAGGUUUGAUCUAACCAUUUACAAAGGAACAGAUCACUUACACUAUGUCCUCUAUUUAUACCCUCGCUCAUGACCCCUAGGUUAACGAGCGCAUCCGCUCCUCCAAUCCUCAGAUGCCACGCCGUUUACCGCCUGGGUCAUUGAGUUUGGGUACUGUAGCUUCGCCCCUUUACUAAAUGAACGACUUCCACCUACCCAAAGGAAUAAAUUGUCAUGCCAUUUAGUUAAGGGUACUCUGUUCCUUUUACACAGUGCCUUCACAGGUCGAGAGGGAGCUCUAACACCAAGAAUCAUUCGAUCUCUGUCACAGCAUCUUAUAACCCCCCCAGACUCUACAGCUAUGAUCAAACGUUUUGCAUUACCCCAUAUAACUAAUUUUACUUCACAAAGUUGAAUGAAACCUGCUGAAUAAUGUUAUGUUAAUAUAUUGAAUUGCACACGCUUUGUAGUUUUCCAUAUACUUAACGAAAAAAUGCCAACAAUUGAAAAUGUGACAUUUCAAAAUCUAACACAUGAAAUAAACUGUUGUAUUACUAUUAUGGCUUCCGGUAGACUUUUGCAAAUUAAUUGUGUAGUUUGUUUGAUUAUAUGAUGUUAAUAAAAUAUCUUAAUUAUGUUCAUAUAUAUAUAAUUUAUUUAUUUUUUUUAAUUAUGUCUCAAUCCUAAAAUUCUAGGUGAUGCAAAACUUGGUCAAAGCUGUACAUAUAAUACCCAGCUCAGGGCUUAUGACUUUACAAGUAGUAUUGAUGAAUAAGCUUCAGUUGAAGAUGUGUCCUUGUGUUGCUUCAUAGACAGAUGUCAGAUGUUCCACUAGCCUUCAUCAGAACACAUGACCUGCAAUGCUUGCCUGCUUGGCUCAAAGACAGCAUUUGAAGAAAGUGUCAAUUUCCAUUAAGAGAAGUGUGAACUCUGCCAUUGGUGUGCUGGAAUUGUUAUAAAGAAAUCUUUCCGAUGAUUGUUUAAAUAAUUUAUUGCAAGAAUACCAUUUCGUUUUUUUUUUACAUUUCUCUUAAUAUAUGAUGUUUGCAGUCAUUCCAAUUGUUCUGGGUUCUGUUGCUGCAAUGUUGGGUUAUUAACUGCAUUGAAUAUGUGUUCUUAUUCCAUUCCAGUCACAAUGGGACCCUUCUGUGCUGCUCACUAUAUAUAUAUAUAUAUAUAUAUAUAUAUAUAUAUAUAUAUAUAUAUAUAUAUAUAUAUAUAUAUAUGGUCACUUCCUAUGUGAUUGGUCACAUGACAAGCAAGAGCACUGGGGUGAUACUGGUGUUGUACUCGGAAGAAGCAGUAGCUUGUAGGUUUAUAGUGCGGUCUGUGAUAUAUCUGCAUAUAUUAAGUUGAAGUCUAAAGAAAGAGUUAAUGAAAAGUACAAAACUAUGAUUGAGAUGCAGCUGUGUUGCUGUUUGCUGUUAUGUGGACAGUCUGUGCUUCUAUCAGGGAGAGAAUGUCUUAUGCUGUUGACACACAGAGAUAAGCCAGCAUCUAAAGUGUGCAUGCAAAUGGGUUUAGAGGGUUAGGUAAUUGAUCAUUGCUUGAUUUCUGUUUAUGAACAGGUGCUACAUUGUUGUGUCUAAUGAUAAUGUUUAAGCAGUAUGCGUGUAACUUUUGAUUAUUGGAAUCAGUAAAAUAAAACAUUUUCUUAAA